UGGCGGCCUCCGCGCGGGCGGAGACGCGGGGCCCGGUGGUUGCGCGGCCCGUGACGCCGUCGCCCCGCUCCGCCCCUUCCGGAGCAGAGGGGGGGAAGGCUGAGUGCAGCGGUGCCGGGCUUCGAGCUUCACUGACUCCGCUGGAAAACGAACCCGGAUGGCUUCUGCACCUGCGUCACAGCCUUCUCCGAAGAGAACAGUGGCCUCGCACGUGCCUUUUGCGGAUCUGUGUUCCACCCUGGAGAGAAUGCAGACGUGUAAAUCGCGUCCGGAGAAAACCAAGUACUUCAAGGAUUUCUUAGAUUCCUGGAGGAAAUUCCACGAUGCUCUCCAUCAAAAAGACAAAGAUGUCACAGAUUCUUUCUAUCCUGCUAUGCGGCUUAUUCUUCCUCAGCUGGAAAGGGAAAGGAUGGCAUAUGGAAUUAAGGAAACCAUGCUUGCAAAGCUGUACAUCGAACUGCUUAAUUUACCAAAAGAUGGAAAGGAUGCUGUGAAGCUUUUAAAUUACAGAACGCCCACUGGUUCACGUGGAGAUGCUGGAGACUUUGCAAUGAUUGCAUACUUUGUGUUAAAACCCCGGAGCCCUAAGCGAGGCAGGCUGACAGUAGAGCAGGUCAAUGAACUGCUGGAUGCCAUCACAAACAACAAUGCUGCUAAAAACAAGGGACUGGUGAAGAAAAGCCUUCUUCAGUUAAUUACCCAGAGCACAGCGCUCGAGCAAAAGUGGCUCAUCCGGAUGAUUAUAAAGGAUCUAAAACUUGGUGUUAGUCAACAAACUAUAUUUUCAAUUUUUCAUCCCGAUGCUGCUGAAUUACACAACGUCACAACGGAUUUGGAAAAAGUUUGUAGGCAGCUGCACGACCCCUCUGUCUCGCUCAGUGAUGUUUCUAUCAUGUUAUUUUCUGCAUUUAAACCAAUGCUCGCUGCUAUUGCUGAUGUCCAGCAAAUUGAGAAGCAGAUGAAUAACCAGGUAUUCUACAUAGAAACUAAACUGGAUGGUGAACGUAUGCAGAUGCACAAAGAUGGUGAUGUGUAUAAAUAUUUUUCCAGAAACGGGUUUGACUAUACUCAGCAGUUUGGUGCUUCCCCCCUUGAUGGCUCAUUAACACCAUUUAUUCAUAGUGUAUUUAAAAGCGACAUACAAAAUUGCAUUCUUGAUGGUGAAAUGAUGGCUUACAAUCCCGAAACACAAACCUUUAUGCAAAAAGGAAACAAAUUUGACAUUAAAAGAAUGGUGGAGGACUCUGAUUUGCAGACCUGCUUCUGUGUGUUCGAUGUAUUAAUGAUUAAUGAUCAGAAGUUGGGUCACGAAGCCCUGAGCAAAAGAUACAAGAUCUUAAGUAACGUAUUUACCCCAGUAACAGGCAGGAUACAUGUUGUACAUAAAAAAAGUGCCAGGACAAGAAAAGAAGUAAUUGAUGCUUUAAAUGAAGCAAUAGAUAACAGAGAGGAAGGGAUUAUGGUAAAAGAUCCCACAUCCACCUACAAGCCCGACAAACGUGGGGAAGGCUGGUUAAAAAUCAAGCCGGAAUAUGUCAAUGGGCUAAUGGAUGAGCUAGAUCUUCUUAUUGUUGGUGGCUACUGGGGAAAAGGCUCACGUGGUGGAAUGAUGUCUCAUUUUCUCUGUGCUAUUGCGGAGACUCCAGCUCCAAAUGAAAAACCUACUGUUUUCCACUCUAUUUGUCGUGUUGGCUCUGGCUAUACUAUGAAGGAAUUAUAUGAUCUGGGUUUGAAACUGGCUAAAUACUGGAAGCCUUACAAUAGGAAGGACCCUCCCUGUAACAUUUUGUGUGGCACUGAAAAACCUGAAAUGUACAUUGAACCUUGCAACUCCGUCAUAGUUCAGAUCAAGGCAGCUGAGAUUGUUAACAGUGAUAUGUACAAAACUGACUGUACUUUGAGAUUCCCCCGAAUUGAGAAAAUAAGAGAGGACAAAGAAUGGUAUGAAUGCAUGACUUUGGACAUGCUAGAACAUCUCAGAAGCAGAGCAGAAGGGAAGCUGGCAUCCAAGCACCUUUAUAUUGAUGAAUAUGAUGAGCCACAAGAGAAGAAAAAGAAAACUGUACCAAAGGUGAAGAAGGUAAUUGGAAUAGCUGAACAGUUUAAAGCUCCUGAUCUUUCUAAUGUCAACAAAGUUUCCAGUGUGUUUGAGGAUGUAGAGUUUUGUGUUCUGACGGGAACAGGAAGAUACUCCAAGUCUGAACUGGAAAGCAGAAUAGCUGAAUGUGGGGGCAGUGUGGUACAGAACCCUGGACCUGACACUUACUGUGUCAUUGUAGGAGCUGAGAAUGUCAGAGUUAAAAACAUCAUUGCUUCCAACAAAUAUGAUGUGGUGAAAGCAGAGUGGCUUCUUCAGUGUUUUCAGUCCAAAAUGCUGGUACCUUGGCAGCCAGCCUUUAUGAUUCACAUGUCUCCUGACACGAGAGAACAUUUUGCUCGUGAGUAUGAUUGCUAUGGAGACAGCUACACAGCAGAUACAGAUGUUGCACAACUCAAGGAAGUGUUCUCAAGAGUGAAGGAUAAUAAGAAGAUGCCUUUGGACUUGAUUGCUGAGUUAGAAGAACGUUAUUCAUGGAACAGCUGUCAACUGUGUAUAUUCAGAGGAAACACUAUUUAUGUGGACUAUUAUGCUAUUGUUAAUGAACCCAGUACCAAAAUCCAUGGCACAAGACUAUCAAUUAGAGCUUUGGAGCUCCGUUUUUAUGGUGCAAAAGUAGUUCCUCUCCUUGAGGAGGGUGUGUCCCAUGUUGUUGUAGGAGAAGAUCGUUCCCGGGUAAAAGAGAUGAAAGCUCUCAGGAGAAUGUUUGGGAAAAAAUUUAAAAUUGUAUCUGAGCUGUGGGUAACAGAGUCAGUGAAAGAAGGAGUCCCAAAGAAUGAAAAUCAGUUCUUAAUUUAAAGUCGGUUUUAACCUUACAGUAAAAGUAAUCUUGUGGUCACGAUUGAGCUCGGAUAUUACGAGCUUGUCUUAAAUUUUCUUUGUGUUUUUAUAUCUGUUUAAACCUGUGGGUGAAGAAUAACGCUAUUUUUGAAAUUAAAGGAAGGCUUGUAGCUAUACCGUUGUGGAAGCAAGAGUAUGCAAAGCUAUGCUAGAGAGGGAGAAAAAGCCACAAGAUAAGUAAUAUAAGCCUUUUACUUCAACAACGGGUCUCAGGGGAGAUCUAGUCUUUUAGUUAAGAAAUUCCUAGUUAUUAUUAAUGCUUGCCUCUUGUUCAAAAUGGAGACAAUAAUUCACUGUCUUAUGGAAAUUUUACUAUUUAUUUAGUGAUUUAUAGUGAGAUUCAUAUUUUUUUAAAAAGUAUAUGAUAUAUACUUCGUAUGGUAUGUAACUGAAUAAUUUAUAAGCUUUCUUUGUACUGUUUUACUUUGUUUACAUUGGUUUUAGUAUUAAGUUCCGUGCAACCUCAGUAGCACUUUGGUUUUAGGAUAUUGCAUUGAUCCGAUGUUUCUUUGCAUAAAUAAACACUGUAAAAUAGAACUUAAACUUCAUAUUGAGGUGCUAAUAAAUUAAUACUUACGUGUAUAUGUCUAAACUACAAAUUGGUUACUUAACUGUAAUUAUAUCUUUUGUCCAUUGCAGUUCAAGUUAAACCACCAACCAUGACAUGACCAGGCUUUUACACUUUCAAAAAAUUUUCAUAUGCUUUUUCAGUAACGUGCAAUGAAUUUCCAAAUAUUUACUUGAAUAUAUAUAUUUUUAAUUAUUAAAUAAAAUACAUUUUAAGUC